AGGGGCCUUGUUGCCUGCCUCGCCCACGGCUGCAGCCUGCUGAGAACGGCUGUUGAGGAGGACUUGGUUCUUCUCAGAGGGGAGGGGCCGGAUGACAGUUGGCCCUCCUCAGGCCCAGGAGAAAGAGCAGGUGGACCAGCCGGGCAGCCUCAGCACAGGGUCUUCGCAGUCUCUGGACGCCCCCAUCCCACUUUGGGUGCCCCAAGGAGUGACUGCCGCCACCAGAUUGCUCACAGACCUGCACAGACAUGACAAGUUUUGCCUUCAAGAGAAAGGCUCCAAGAGCUCGCAAAACCAAAGAAGGAAAAAGAUGUGUGGAACUUUACUCGGUAAGGUUGUGCAAGAAAGUUAAUCUGGGGAAACCAAGAUCCAAUAUGGCCCGUUGCCUCACGUGCUCUGAUGAGUCAGCCAAGCAUAAGGACCCUGCUUCUGGCAAAACCCAAGAGAAACUUUGAUGGAAAUAUCCAGCGCAGGCCCCUCUACGUAUACAGCUGUGGUCGGGAGUCUGAGCUCUGGGAGCGUCCCCCAAGACUGUAUUCUGUAGUGCCAUCCGAACGGAUAUUACAGCUAGCAGAACCUAGACAACUGUCAUCAACUUAUCUGCAGCAAAGGCCACGAAGCUACCCAGCAUGGCCUAUCAGCUUCUCAGCACUUUGUUGCAAAGCUUCCCAGAGGGUUCUGGACCUUGCACAGCCGAGGCCCCUGAACCCAAGCGUCACUCUUCCAAAAGAGGCUGAAACACACGUAAAGAGGUCUACACUGAAUGCUGUAGCAUCCCAGAGGACACAGCAUCUUGCACAGCCGGUCAUGAAGAAGGCUUCUGUGGGCUAUGAGAACAGAUACCUCGAGGCCCCAAUCCGACAAGUCUCUCUGGCUGCACAGCAAGCAGUAGCAACUCCGAGGAUAUUAGAGCUUGCUAAAGCAAAAAUGCUGCACACCAUGACUUUCCCUGACCGUCCAGCUGAGUGGCCGGUGUCUUUAGCAGCACGGCAUGCAGUAGCUUCACCUAGACUUGAGGCGCUCGCUCAGCCUCCCAAAAGGGCCCCAACCAACUUUGUCCAGUUUAACCCAGAAGCCUUUACUGUAAAGGAGUCUGCUAAAAGGGCAUUCUGUUCAAACCGAAUCAAGGCGCUAGCACAACCAAUUAGCCACUGAUCUCAUUCACCUGAAGCGUGUAACACCCCCUGGCACCUAAACUUCAUUAAACAACAGCAAAACUG